UUCUUUGUUUUCCAGGUUAUAUUUCACACUAUGUGCUGACUGUAUCUACAGAAGAUAUUUAAAAAAAAAAGAUAAACUUUUUUCCAAGAUUUUGAUUCCAGUGGAAUCUUUGCUUUAGUGUGUGUGUGUGUGUAUGUGUGUGUGUAUGUGUGUGUGUCUGUGUGUGUGUGUGUGUGUGUUAGUGUGUGUUAGUGAAUUGUAACUCCAGAAGCAAUGCCUGUACAAGCUCCACAAUGGACGGAUUUCCUUUCCUGCCCAAUUUGCACUCAGACUUUCGACGAAACAAUUCGAAAGCCCAUCAGUUUGGGCUGUGGCCAUACUGUCUGCAAAAUGUGCCUGAAUAAACUCCACCGUAAGGCUUGCCCAUUUGACCAGACCACUAUCAAUACAGACAUUGAGCUCCUCCCUGUGAACUCAGCAUUACUGCAGCUAGUGGGUGCUCAGAUCCCUGAGCAACAGCCCAUUACUUUGUGUAGUGGGGUUGAAGAUACAAAGCAUUAUGAGGAAGCCAAGAAAUGUGUAGAAGAAUUAGCGUUGUACCUGAAACCACUCAGCAGUGCUAGAGGAGUGGGUCUAAACAGCACUACUCAGAGUGUUCUGAGUCGCCCAAUGCAGAGGAAACUUGUGACUCUAGUCCACUGCCAGCUAGUGGAAGAAGAAGGCAGGAUCCGUGCUAUGAGGGCUGCUCGAUCUUUAGGUGAACGCACAGUUACAGAGCUCAUUCUCCAGCACCAAAAUCCUCAGCAACUCUCCUCGAAUCUCUGGGCAGCAGUCAGAGCUAGGGGCUGCCAGUUCCUUGGACCAGCAAUGCAGGAGGAAGCUCUGAAACUUGUCUUGCUAGCUUUGGAAGAUGGUUCUGCUUUGUCACGGAAAGUGUUGGUUCUCUUUGUGGUGCAAAGACUGGAGCCUCGUUUUCCUCAAGCCUCUAAAACCAGCAUUGGCCAUGUUGUUCAGCUCCUUUACAGAGCCUCCUGCUUCAAGGUCACCAAACGUGAUGAAGACUCUUCUUUGAUGCAGCUGAAAGAAGAAUUCAGGACUUAUGAAGCUCUGCGACGAGAACAUGACUCCCAGAUAGUGCAAAUUGCUAUGGAAGCAGGCUUAAGGAUUGCACCAGACCAGUGGUCCUCUUUGCUUUAUGGAGACCAGUCUCACAAAUCUCAUAUGCAGUCCAUUAUUGACAAGUUGCAGACCCCUGCCUCUUUUGCACAGAGUGUUCAGGAGCUAACUAUUGCUCUCCAGCGGACUGGAGACCCAGCAAACUUGAACCGACUAAGACCCCACUUGGAGCUACUAGCAAAUAUUGACCCUAGUCCAGAUGCCCCUCCUCCAACAUGGGAACAACUAGAAAAUGGCCUGGUUGCUGUACGUACAGUAGUACAUGGACUAGUAGAUUAUAUUCAGAACCACAGCAAAAAAGGAGCAGACCAACAGCAGCCUCCACAGCAUAGCAAAUACAAAACAUACAUGUGUCGAGAUAUGAAACAGAGGGGAGGAUGCCCUCGUGGGGCCAGCUGUACAUUUGCACACUCACAAGAAGAACUGGAAAAAUUUCGUAAAAUGAACAAACGUCUGGUUCCCAGAAGACCUCUGAGUGCGUCUUUGGGUCAACUUAAUGAGGUGGGCCUGCCUUCAGCACCUAUACUUCCUGAUGAAAGUGCAGUGGACUUGUCCAGCAGGAAACCGCCUGCACUACCAAAUGGAAUUGUGUCAGGGGGCACAGUGACACAGCUGAUUCCACGUGGGACAGACCCCAGCUAUGAUUCUAGUCUGAAGCCAGGGAAGCUGGACCACCUGAGCAGCAGUGCUCCUGGGUCCCCUCCUGACCUGCUGGAAUCUGCCCCUAAGAAUAUUUCUGCCUUACCUGUGAAUCCACAUCCUGUACCUCCAAGGGGACCAACAGAUCUGCCUCCCAUGCCUGUUACCAAACCAAUUCAGAUGGUACCUCGAGGUUCUCAGUUAUAUCCACCACAACAAGCGGAUGUUUAUUAUCAGGAUCCUCGAGGAACUGCCCCAGCGUUUGAGCCAGCACCUUAUCAGCAGGGUAUGUACUAUCCUCCACCACCAUGUGUGUCCCGCUUCGUAAGACCUCCACCAUCUGCUCCUGAACCUGGUCCUCCAUACUUGGAUCAUUAUCCACCCUACCUCCAAGAUCGUGUCAUAAACUCUCAAUAUGGCACACAGCCACAACAGUACCCACCUAUGUACCCACCUCACUAUGAUGGCCGUCGUGUAUACCCUGCUCAAUCUUAUACAAGAGAGGAGAUUUUCCGGGAAAGCCCCAUACCCAUUGAGAUUCCACCUGCAGCAGUACCAUCCUAUGUGCCCGAGUCCAGAGAGCGAUACCAACAGGUAGAGGGUUACUACCCAGUGGCUCCUCAUCCAGCUCAGAUCAGACCUUCAUACCCCAGGGAGCCUCCUUAUAGUCGGCUUCCUCCUCCCCAGCCCCAUCCUAGUCUGGAUGAGUUACAUCGUAGACGGAAGGAAAUAAUGGCCCAACUCGAGGAAAGAAAGGUUAUCUCUCCACCUCCUUUUGCGCCUUCACCAACAUUGCCUCCUGCAUUCCAUCAAGAGGAAUUUUUGGAUGAAGAAUUCAAGGUAGCUGGGAAGUACAAAGCAAAUGAUUAUAGCCAGUAUUCACCUUGGUCAUGUGAUACCAUCGGCUCCUACAUUGGAACCAAAGAUGCAAAACCCAAAGAUGUGGCAGCAGGGAGUGUGGAAAUGAUGAAUGUAGACAGUAAAGGAAUGAGAGACCAGAGAUUGGAUCUUCAGAGAAGAGCAGUGGAAACUAGUGAUGAUGACCUCAUCCCAUUUGGAGACCGACCAACAGUAUCUCGGUUUGGUGCCAUCUCUAGAACAUCCAAAACACUGUAUCAGGGUGCUGGUCCAAUGCAGGCCAUGGCGCCACAGGGAGCACCCACAAAACCUAUUAGCAUUUCAGAUUACAGUCCAUACGGAGCUCAUGGUGGCUGGGGAGAUUCUCCAUACUCACCUCAUCCAAACAUACCUCCUCAGGGACACUUCAUCGAGAGGGAGAAAAUGUCCAUGGCAGAAGUGGUCAGUCAUGGAAAACCCCUUCUGUCUGCUGAAAGAGAACAACUACGGCUAGAAUUGCAGCAACUGAAUCAUCAGAUCAGCCAACAGACCCAGCUACGUGGGCUAGAGGCUGUUAAUAACCGGCUGGUGUUACAGAGGGAGGUGAACACCCUGGCAGGUCAACCACUGCCCCCUCCACUGCCUCCAAAAUGGCCUGGAAUGAUCUCAAGUGAGCAGCUAAGCUUGGAACUACAUCAGGUGGAAAGAGAAAUUGGCAAGAGAACCCGGGAAUUGAGUAUAGAGAACCAGUGUUCUAUGGACACGAAAAGCAAAUUGGGUACAAGUAAGCAAGCAGAAAAUGGGCAGCCAGAACCACAAAACAAAGUCCCAGCUGAAGACCUUACAUUGACAUUCAGUGAUGUACCGAAUGGAUCAGCUUUGACACAAGAGAAUCUCAGCCUCCUAUCAAACAAGACAAGCUCUUUGAACCUGUCAGAAGACCCUGAAGGAGGAGGAGAUAACAGUGAUUCCCAGAGACCAGGAGUUACUUCCAGUUCUGCUCCCUAGUAUAUGGGUGCCCUGCUUCUACCUUCUGCUCCUUAUCAAUUCGUAGGACAUAGGGAUAGAAGAAUGGAUAACUUCUAAACUUUUUCUCUGAGUGGUCAAUGAAAUUCAGGAAAAACAGCAUCGGAGGCAAUGUGCACAAACACCACUACUAAACAAACCCUGCACAUAGUUCACAUUAAUGCAUUUUUUUAAUUUAAAGAAAAAGAAAAUUAGCAGUAUCUGCAAGCAAUUCAGAUUAAAUUUGUUUUUGUUCUGUGAAUGAACUUUAUUUUAAUAACUUUGGACGCCUUGGAUCCAGGGCUUUAAAAAAAAAGAUAUUAUAUAUAUAUAUACUCUGUUUGAUUAAUUGUAUGAUCUUAAUGAAGUAGGUUUUUCUUGUAUUUUGGUAUUAUUACAUACCCAGUGUAUAAUUCCUUUCUUCCAGUCCUUUCCAAUUCACAACCCUGCAAACUGAAAGCACUGUUUCCAAGAAUUCUGGGAUGUUAUAUUGGGUUAUUAGAAACUGUGCAGCAAACUAACUUUAUUAUAGCUAUUCUUCAGUGCACCCACACCCACACUGGAUCACUAGCUUCGUGACUUCUUUCUUACAACAUUAAAACUUUGAGUAGGGUAGGGUUUUAGUUUCAACUUUUCAGUGAAUUUAAUAGGCAGUUGAUUGUUAGAGCUACACAUUUCUAUGUUAAGGGUUCCUUGCAUUUUCUCCAUAAAAUCUGAAAGCCUAUAUGGUGUUUACAUUGCUCAGUUAGACUUAAAUGAAGAGUACCUUAAGAAUGAACCCUAAACUGGACAUGGUGGCUCAUUUCCAUGCUCCCAGAACUCAGUAUGCUGAGGAAGGAGAAAACCAAAAUAAAAAGAAGAAAAGAAACAGGCUUCAACUUGUUACUAGUGAGAACAGACAGUUCCUAGUCUCCUGUGCUGAGCUCAUGUGAGAAAGUUGGAGCUGUGCUUACAAAUUAAACUUCUAUUGAAAUUCUAGAAUGCUCAAAAAAUCAGGACAAUGAAUACAUAUUCUAUAACUUGGAGAGAUGGCUUGGCAGAGGAGCACUGGCUGCUCUCCCAGAGGACCCAAGUUCUUCCCAGCACCCACAAGGUGGCUCACAACUGCCAGUAACUCUGGUUCCAUGGAAUCUGACACACUCUUCUGGCCUUGUAGCACUAGCACACAUGGGUGCAUGUGCACAUACACACAUAAAAUACAUAAAAUAUUAAGAUCAAAUAAAACUUGAUAUGAACGUAAAUGAAUGGAGACACACAUUCAAUGGAAUGUUUAUUUUUCCUCUCAAAAGCAUAAAAGAUUUGGCAGAUAAACUGAGCUUGAAGAUAGUUUAUACAUUGAUUAUUUGUGCUGCUCAAAGUUACUAGCAUAACUAAAUAGCUUGGGUUUUAGACUUUCUCACAUUAGAAACGUUGAUGAUGGAAUUAUGAAAGAGUUCUGCUGCACAUAUUCUAAUGCUACCACUAUGUGCUUAAUUUACCAAGCCCCUGUAAAAUGACUUCAUUGUGGGACUAUUUCAUAGAGUUUAUCCAUCCCUCUGAUUGUCUGACAUCCAGUUUCCCUUUCUAGACAAUACUACUAAACAAGAAAGCACUGGAUAUGUAAUAAGUUACUGCAUUGCUUUGGUUGGGUAAAAGCAAAUGUUUAUAUUUUUCUUAUUUCUUGUACUCCUACCCGUUAACUCCUUCUGAGGUCAGAGCUACCUCAGUCUACACUCUAUGUCUGUCAUAUUGUUAAUGGAAACAAGGGGGUGGGGGUGGGGUGGGAAGGGUAAAAUAGUCCUGCCAUUGCCUACCAGUAGGAAAUCCAAACAGAACACUCAUUUGAGUAGCAAUUAUUUAAUUUGCCCAGUCAAGGCACCGUGUUUAUAUACUAUUUCACAUUGAAUUUGAUUAUGCCCUACAGACCUGGCUGGUCAAGGAUUUGAUAUACACAUAUUGGCUUGGGAUUCGAGCUUUCUUUUUUAUUUAAAUAAAAAUUUAUAUAUAUAUUAUAUAUAUACAUAUAUACAUGGCUAUAUCUGUAUAUAUAUUGGGUGUGUUUUAAAGAUUUCUUGGCAUGAGCGCAGCUGUUGCAAUAAAAUGACUGAUUGGGAGGUAGAAGCACUGAAUGACGUGAGGCGUUUUCAGUUGAUGCACACAUUUUCCUUUUCGUUUUAAAUAUACAUUUGUACAUUUGCUUUUGUUUUUUUAAGAUAAAACAUCUCUUACAUUUAUACUUUAAAUACUCAUUAUUUAUUGAGAGAAGGAAAGAAUGUUAUGUCUGACAGGAUUUUUAUUUUCUGCACAUCUACAAAAUGCUACAUUUUUGGCCUCUUGCCUUUAGUAGACAGAUUUGGGCAGAUCUUAUCUCCUUUGGCCAUGUCAGAUAAUUCCUAAGUCUUAGAAGCAGGUGGUUUGUUUUGGAAAUUGGAAUGACUGGGGGAGGGGGGGGCGCAUAUUGGUUUUUUUGGAGUUUAGAAUAAAAGUAAAUUUUCCUUGCGGUGUAUUCGAAACCCCCAGAAUGCACUCUGUUGUAGUGCACUAGUGUCCCUUCAGAUGCUAUUUUCAUUUAGCCAGAAAAUUAGUCUCUUAAUUGUGGCCUGAGUUACCCAAGCCCCAGUCUCUAUAGCCAGUCUGGGUGGGGUAGAAAGUGGAACAUGGUGUGCCUACAAUUUUGCUGUUUUAUUAAUUGGUUAUUUUCCCUUACCAAUACUUAGGUGUGUUUUAUUUGUUGGUUGUGGAGGUUGCUUGAUUCCACUGUCAGAUUUAGGGACUCUACAAAACCCCAGUAACUUUGAGGAUGUUUUCUCCCUUUAACAAAUUUUGUGUUAUGAGGCAACAAUAAAUUGAAGGAUAACUUCAUGACUCUUAACUGCUGUUUUUGUCAGAAUCUGAAAAUGGAUUUUUAUUUGUGUCUUUAUAGACAUUAAAAAAAUGAAACUCAUCAAAUAGAAAACAGAAGUUUACAGCAGCACCACUCCUUUUUGAGACAGAGUUUUUUACCACGUAGCCCAAGCUGGUUCUAAAGUCUAGAUCAGUCAGCCUCCUGAGCGAUGGGAUUUCAGGCAUGUGCCACCAUGCUCAGCAAAUGUGUAUGCUUUUUCACUUAAAUGGUUUCUUCUGAAGAUGACUAUUUGCUUCUCACUCUUUAAGAGCAAGAAUCAUCUAAGAUGAACAUGGACAAUUCUGGAAGGGUUAAGGACAUUACUUUCAUACUUGUUCAGAAACAAAGCCAGUGUGUUACUGUAGUGAAUAUAUAGAAGUACUUUGGCUCAUUCUGUUUUCAGUGAGUCUCUGGGAAAAGGAUAAAGGAACUGAGAAUGAAAUGUCGAGACUUACUCUCCUAAUUGAUAGUCACAAGGUAAGUCUAAUAGCUGCCCUCUCCCGGAUAAUUUACAGAGUCCGAUGUGACCAAAGAGCUAUUCCUUACUAAUUUUUAAUUAAACAGAACUUGUAGCAUAGGUUUCUAGUAGUAAUGUUCAAGUGACAAGACACUAUUAUUAAUGUCAAUUACAAAUAUUCAACUACUCAGAAUGUGUAAGAACUCAUUUGGUAUGGCAUUAAUGUGGGUUAUUCCCUUCUCUCAUCUUCCUUCCCUUCUGUUUCUCCCCACCCCCCAUGUAUUUAUUCUUUUGCCUAAAUGCAGAAGAUUGAUUCUGUUCUCUCUUGCUACUUGGAUACAUGAUUCCACCAGACUCCCAUGAGCUUAAGUGUGGGAGCUUAAAAUUUAGUUCCUGAGUUUCCUAUGAUUGUCUUUUUUUUUUUUUUUUUCUUUUCCUGACCCCUUGCCAUUCUGCAGUUUCCCUUUGACUUACCCAAUCUGUAACAGUGACAGUUUGCUGCCUCUAAACAGAGCAUUCAAAUGAAUUCGCUUAGCCAAUGACUUCUGUGAAGUUGCCUUUUCUAAUGGCGUUAUUACUCAGUGAUGCACAGAUGUGGUAUUUGCCCUACUGGCAGGCAAGCAAAGGUCUGGUAAAGAUAACCUGCUAUUUCUUUAAGGAGCGCCAAAGACUUGUGCUUUUACUCUUUUGGUUUUAGGGGAAAUCGUAGCCAUUUUGAUUAUGAAACCUGGUAGUAUUUGUAAGUUGAUUGUACUGUGUAGAUGUCUAAAGUUAACUGUAAGGUUAGCUGGUUUUAUAAAAUGUAACGAAAAUUCAUCAGUUUCUCUACACCAGUUAAUAUCAUCCUUGACAAUAUGUGUUUAAGAAACUCACUCUCCCUUUUGGGGAUUAACUUGAUGUAAUAGCAUCUUCUGUGUUUCUCUGUAUUUUCACUUGUGCCUACAGGACAACAUACUUUCACUAUGGUCAAGUCAUGGGGCUAGGGAUUCUUCCCGAGCUUGAGGCUUGUAAGAAAUAAUUAACUGUAGUUAUUAUCUGUUCAUCUAUGUUCAGGGACAGCUUACUUUCACUAAAUGGAAUUCAUGUGCUAUUAUUUAUAUGUACAAAUGGUGAUAGAAUGAAAUUACUCCAUAUUCUCCAUUUGGGCUUUUAAAAAUCAAGAGUUAAAUAUGUAAAAUCUUUGUAUAAAAAUCAUCUGUAAUGAUUUAUCUUUUAUUAAAAGAUAUGGUCUAAUUAGUUUUAAGGAAAAAUUAAUUACCUUGCAAAUAAACUGCAGUAUUACACUAUACACUCUUGCCCCAUAAAAUGUUCUAGUGUGUUAAAAUCUUAAUUGUUAAUACAUGUUUGUGGUGUCGCAUGGGAAUCUCAUCCCCUGAAAAUAGAGCUCAGAUUAACCAUCUUCAUUGAAACAACUUACUCUAUACCAUAGAGUUGAACAUGCAGUCUACUACUGUGACCUUUUUAUCUGCAUGCUUGUUUUGCAGAAACACAUCCAUGUCUACCUUGGACAGCUAAAGCUUUUAUAUUUAUUUCUUCAGCUCACCUCUUUAUAACUAACUGCUGAAAUGACUUGCUGGGAGUGUUUUAGUAAAUUUUAAGUUCUCAGUCACCUUUGCUGAGCCACUUCAGAGAGAGCUGUCCCCUCUUCCCCAAAGAAGGUAUAAUUUUUAAUAAAACCUUUUUGUUACUUGAAAUUUUAAGAUUCUAUUUCUGUAAUAGCUAAAGGUGUUUUCAUAAGUAACAUAUUCUAAUUGAUUAGUAAUACUAGUGACAUUAAUAAAGAAGAGGAAACUGGCACCCCCAGGAGCAAGUACCACCUUCUAAUAUGUGUGUUCUUGGUAGGUAGGUUUUCAAUGCUACACUGAAUAAAUUGGGUAAAGAACCCCAUUGUGAUAAAGGGACUUCCUUAGCACUUGGAUAGUUCUUAGGGCCUCUGGAUUCUAGACAUUGAAUUUCCCUGAACUUAACCUUGAACAAAAUUUUCACAAGAAAGUAAGUUGUUGUAAUGCAAGGUGGAAAAUUUAAAUCUUAAGAGAAUAUGUGUCAAAAAAAUGUGUAUUCGAAAAAUGAAAUCCUGUGGAGUUUGUUAUCCUGAUGUAUGUUAUUUAGUAGAUAAGAUGACUUUAUUUUGUAUUGAAGACUCACUUCCUGGUGACUCUUCAUUUGGUUUUGUGUUUUGUCUUUAACACUAAGUAGGCAGAUCACAAGUCUUUGGCUCCCAUGUUAGGUUGUGCACUCAGAGUCAUCUUAGAACUGGAAACUGUCGGGUGGUCCCACUCUAAUGAGGGCACGAAAGGUCAAGAAAUGGAAGCAAACAAACACUGGGUGGAUCAUGGUCUGGGUUUUUUGUUUGGUUUUGGUCUCCUUUUUCAAAUUGUCAUUUCUAUAAUUUAUUAGUGUAGCCUGUCUCUGGUUGGCUGGCAUUUCACAGUAAUAUCCAAACCACCCUAUAACAUUUUAUUUCCCUAUUUUCAGGCCUUUAAGGCUUUUGCUUUUCAGCUCUGCAUUCCCUGUUUAGCUAAGACAGUCCUGAGAGAUGUUCCCCUAUGCAUGUUUUUGCCUAACUUUGCACUCACCUUUGUUUUCCCACCUUCUGGAUGUAAAAGAACUGAAAGAAAAAAAUGGCAUUCAGUGGUCAUGGGCCUCAGUAUCUUCCCUUUGUAAUAAAUCUGUGACUUUCUAGGAGUAAUGCAGAAAGUGAACUGAGGUUGUAAACAAACCUUUCACCCACCUAAAUGUUUUCCAGUUGUGAGGUUCCUCUUGGUGCGUGGUCUUUCCCUUCUAUCCCUGCCGCCCUUCCCUAACUGUGAUUAAUUGGCCUCUUGGCUCAUGCCAGUCUCCUGAGACAUUCUGCAGUCAUUAUCACCUUUUUGGGUGGAUUUUACUUCGUUUUUUGUUUUGUUUUGUUUUUAAAAAAUAACUUUAACAUUGAUUCAUAUUUGCUUGGAAUAGAGCUUGUGUAAUUUACCAAUCGUAUUGAUUGUAUGUGAUUGUGCCCUGCAGAGGUAUACUUAACAAAAGUAAUCUAAGUUAAUAAAGGAGCCCAUGAGAUUUGAGUCAGAAUAGAAAUGACCUUGUAAAAUUGCAGUUUCGGAUAGUGUGAAUCCCUCUCAGAAUCAGUGGUACGGGAACUCCUAUUUUAAGGUUUUCUUCCAUUCCUCUAUUUUUCAUUCUCUCACCUCCUUAUUCUUUUCAUGUCAUUCUCUACCCACCUGCUCAGAUUUUUUUUUUCUAACUGAGCCUUAAGGUAACAGCUGGCUUUUAAAUUAGUGAAGUUUGUGAAAUUUUACAUUUUCCAAAUGUUUCCAGUUGAAAACAAAAGAUGGGUUGAAAUUCACCAACCCAGGACUAACUCCUUAGCUUCUGGCCAAUGCUGAGGUUUUAUUUGGAGGCAUUAACUUCUGCAAGUUCUUUUUGAAUAGGAAAAAAAGAACCUUGCUUGAAAUGGAACAUUCCCUUGUUUAAUAUUUCCAUUAAAAACAAAACAAAACAGCCUUCAAAACAAAUGAGGUGGAAGAAAAGAAGUAGGAGUAUGUUUAGGGCUACUGAGUUCUGGAUCUGAAUGAGUACAUAUCCCACUGGUUGCAUAUUUUUGAGAAGAUUAAGGCCUUUCUCAAUUUUGUAUUUGUGUGCAUGUUGUUUAUAUAAAGAUGCCACAUUUUGUUAAAAUGCCAUUUCCUUUAUUACCUUGGAAACUGACUCAGCCUCUUGUUGCUCCUAAUUAGGGUUUAAGGCUCUUGUGAGUUGCAGAUAAAAGGAUUCAUUUUAACAAAAAGAAGGAGGUGAUUCACCUUUUGGAUUGUAAAUAUAUGAAAUGUCUACAAGGUCUUUAUCUGCUUUCUGUCAGCAUUUAUAUUAAAUGAUAAAUUAAUGAG